CUCAACACCUCCGUAUAUACGCUGUAUUUAUACACCUUGCUUUUCUACGACACGUUUUUGUUGACGUGGCUGUUGCCUUGGCGCUCCCUUUCCUUCUUCUUCCCACGCCCUCCUCUCUCUCUCUCUCUCUCUCUAUUUUUCUUUCUCCGUCUCUGCGAAUUAGAAAAAAGAAAUUCCUUAAAUUUUCUCUUUGUUUUUCAGUGAAGAUAAUGCGGUGUUUUUGAGUAUUUUGUUUUACAAUAUCUCUUUCUGCUCCCUUUUUUUCCCCAAUUGAGAGUUAUUAAUUUCACGCUGUAAAGCUGCUGAGAGAAGGGAGGUUUCUAGAUUUGGAUUUUCGAGUUCGUGGUAAUUUCUGAUUGGAAAUUUCGAAUCUGCAUGACUGUUUUGGCUGAAAGAUUUACAAUAAGUUUCAAGGAAGUUAACGAAGCAAAGGAAUGCAGAUGAGGAAAUUAGACGAUGAAAACCGAAACAGCUUAUUGAGAGAAAACUGAUAUUUCAAAACGAAAAGAUGACUUUUAGUGGAUUCAUCUAAAAUGAUAGUUGACUGAGAGACGUGAAGGACAUUCUAGAAAAUAGGUUUUCGGCUUUAGUGCUUGGUAAUGGGAAACAACGAUGAAGGAAAGUCUAAGUCUGACAAGUCAUCUUCACCAGUGCCAACGGAUCAGGCCAAUAUUCACGUCUAUCCCGAUUGGGCUGCUAUGCAGGCAUACUAUGGUCCUCGAGUCACUAUGCCGCCAUAUUACAACUCAGCUGUGGCCUCUGGCCAUGCUCCUCCCCCGUAUAUGUGGGGUCCUCCACAGCCUAUGAUGCCACCUUAUGGGGCACCUUAUGCAGCAAUCUACUCACAUGGGGGAGUUUAUGCCCAUCCUGCAGUUCCUAUAACUGCAGCCCCUGUGGAAACUCCUACUAAGUCAUCAGGAAAUACAGAACGAGGUUCGACAAAGAAGAUGAAAGGGUUUGAUGGCCUUGCUAUGUCAAUAGGCAAUGGUACUGCUGAGAAUGAUGAGGGUGCAGCUGAACCUAGACUGUCCCAGAGUGCGGAGACUGAAGGUUCUACUGAUGGUAGUGAUGGAAACACAACUGGGACGGAUCAAAGUAGGAGGAAAAGAAGCAGGGAGGGAACACCAACCAUUGCAGUUGGAGAUGGUAAAACUGAGGCAAAGUCUAAUGCAGUUGCCGUGGCAGAGGUAACUACAACCAUUUCCCCUAAACCAAUUGGAACUGUACUUUCUCCUGGCAUGACCACGGCUUUGGAGCUUAGGAACCCUUCCUCCAUGAAUGCUAAAUCCAGUCCUACAAACGUACCUUGUGGAGUAAUGCCUCCUGAAGUCUGGAUGCAGAAUGAACGAGAGCUGAAACGGGAAAGGAGGAAACAAUCUAAUAGAGAAUCUGCUAGAAGGUCAAGGUUGAGGAAGCAGGCUGAGACGGAAGAGCUUGCCCGUAAAGUUGAAUCCUUGACUGCAGAGAAUGCAACACUCAGAUCUGAAAUAAAUCAACUAACUGAAAAAUCGGAGAAACUAAGGCUAGAAAAUGCUACAUUAGUGGAGGGACUCAAAAACGCUCAACUAGGACAUACACAGGAAAACAUUACGAGCAAAAACGAGGACAAAGAGGGUGAAAUGUAUGAGAAAAAAUCCGGUGCCAAGCUGCAUCAGCUCUUGGAUGCGAGUCCAAGAACCGAUGCUGUGGCUGCCAGCUAAGUAGCCACAGUUUACACCCGAGUUAUUUUUGACAUUUUUAAAUCGGACAAAACCGUGUAGCUUUUGGCAUAAUUUACAAGCCCAAAACUACUGCUAACAGUUAGCAGAGGGAUGAAAUAGUAGGUGUUUGUUAGGGGAUUGAAACUACGUUUGGGACACUGUAAGUUAGCUCUCUCAUGGCAGAACUGAUGUAAUUUUUUAUUUAAAAAUCAGAGUGCUGAGAAAGCCCUGAAAAAAACAAAAAGGUUAAUGUACAUUAAGGAGAAAUUAGAUAAUGUGUUUUAGGGAAAAGGGUAUUGAGAACCUUUAAAUAAUAACAAUAAGAUGUAAUUUUUAAUGCCUUGAAAAGAGAUUUAGACUGUAUGUGAUGUGUGAAAGAACAAAA